AUGGGUCCGAUACUAUCACGUUCGUUGGGCUUUUUUUUGGCGUUGCCGUUGUCACUAUUCACAAUCGGCAGCAUCUUCUUCGCGCUCUCGAUACUGGAUGCGCAUAGAUCUGGCGUACCGAGCUGGAAAGCUAACAACACAGCUACCAUGUUACAUGGACCAGAUGAAUUGCUUUAUCGGGAUUUACGCAACAGGAAUCAUAAUCACUCGUUAGGUGCGGCUGGCGAAACACUGGCUAAGCUCGAAUUGUUACAUGAAGGGUUUGCUCUUACUACUGCUGAUGGCCCUAUUGCCCGUAUCUCUCGACCCACAACACCAGCGAAAGAUGAGGAAGAGCAUGAGAUGAGAAACCUGCAGGUCCCAACCACACCCCAAACCCAUGGUUCGAUCAUCACUCUGGUUGAUCCACAUAGUUUCGGAGAAGCAAGUGAACAAGGGACAACUCGAUCAGUGUCGCCGAUUCAUAGCGACGUUCAGCUUGAUGAUCCGAACACACCUCUUACUGUCAGAAGAAGUAUUUGA